ACUUCACCCCACACCCCCAAAAUGACAAACUAUCUUCUUCCUCCUACUCCCCCCACCAAAUUUCAUGAUCAACAAAAUCAAAUCACCACCACCACCCAUACACCUUCUCUCUUCCUCGUCCGAUCAGCAACAGCGGCUCUCAUUGUAGUCCCAUCUCGGCAAUGGUCGCUGUUCGCUGCCGCCUCCCCUUCCUCUUCCUCCUCCUCUUCUUCUUUACCUUCUCCCCUUACCUCUCGCUUUCCUUGUCCGAGGAGGAAGCCUUGCUUAAGCUCAAGGCAUCCUUCACCAACUCUACGGCCUUGGCCAACUGGGUUCCCAUCCCGGGUUCCUCCCCAUGCAAAUGGGCCGGCGUCUACUGCACUAAGGGCGGCAUCGUCCAGGGUCUUCAUCUCCAGAAAAUGGGCCUUUCUGGAACAAUCAACAUCGAAGCCUUGACCCAACUCAAGGGCAUCCGAGCCCUUAGCUUUGACGACAACAACUUCGCGGGAAGUAUCCCCGACUUCCACACACUUGGAGCUCUCAAGUCUCUGUCAAUAACCAACAAUAAUUUCUCCGGCGAAAUCCCAAAAGAUUUUUUUGCCGAAAUGAACUCGUUAAAGAAAGUUUACCUCUCGAAAAACAAGUUCUCCGGCAAAAUCCCGGAAUCGCUGACCAAGUUGAAAUAUCUGAUGGAGCUUCAUCUCGAGAACAACCAGUUCUCCGGGGCCAUCCCGGAAUCGCUGACCGAGUUGAAAAAUCUGACGCAGCUUCAUCUCGAGAACAACCAAAUCUCCGGAGCCAUCCCUGACUUUAAAGAGGAAUCUCUAAAAGAUCUAGAUUUGUCUAAUAACAAGCUCAAGGGUGCAAUCCCGGAUGACAUGUCCAGAUAUGGUCCUAAGAUAUUUGCCGGAAACGAAGGACUUUGCGGCGGACCACUCAAGAAGCCAUGUGAUAAUGCACCUACACCGUCACCGUCACCGUCACCGUCACCACCAGAACAGCCAAAACCUCAUGCAGGAAAAACAAACCAAUCAUCGUCCGACACCAUCAAGAUAGUAGUCGGGGUGAUUGUUGGCGUGGUGGUUAUGCUGUUGCUGAUGAUGAUAAUUAGAUAUAAGAGGCGACGGAGGGAGGAGAAUUUUAGUGUUCUUGGCAAGGAAAACAUGGAGGAGCAUGUACCUCAACACCAUGGGGAGGUGGUUGAAGUUCAUGUGCCAAGCUCAAAUAGCAGAAGUGUAGGUAGCACUUCUGCGCAGGCCGCGGCGUUGAGGUCGGCCAGUAGCAAGAAAUCUGGGGAUUCCAAGAAGGGUUCUCAUAGCGGGAAGAAUGCAGGGAAUAAUGAGUUGUUGAUGGUGAAUGACCAGAGAGGCACGUUUGGGUUGCCAGAUUUGAUGAAAGCCGCGGCGGAGGUUUUGGGGAAUGGAGGAUUGGGGUCAGCUUACAAGGCUGUGAUGGGUAAUGGGUUGUCUGUGGUAGUGAAGAGGAUGAGGGACAUGAAUAGAUUGGGGAGAGAUGGGUUUGAUGCUGAGAUGAGAAGGUUUGGAAGAUUGAAGCAUAGGAAUAUCUUGACUCCCUUGGCUUACCAUUAUAGGAGAGAAGAGAAGCUGUUGAUUUCAGACUACAUUCCUAAAGGCAGCUUGUUAUAUGUUUUGCAUGGUGAUCGAGGAACUUCUCAUUCGGAGCUGACCUGGCCUACCCGUUUGAGAAUUAUCCAAGGAGUUGCGAAAGGGAUGAAGUUUCUGCAUACUGAGUUUGCAGCCUAUGAUUUGCCCCAUGGAAAUCUCAAGUCUAGCAAUAUUCUUUUAGACAAAGAUUAUGAGCCAAUUCUUAAUGACUAUGCUUUUCAUCCACUAAUCAACCCCAGCAAUGCUGCACAAACAAUGUUUGCUUUUAAGACCCCAGAGUACAUAGAAUCCCAGCAAAUAUCUCCAAAAUCUGAUGUUUAUUGUCUUGGAAUAGUCAUUCUUGAAAUCCUUACUGGAAAGUUCCCGUCUCAAUAUUUAAGCAAUGGCAAAGGUGGGAUUGAUGUGGUUCAAUGGGUGCAGUCAGCAAUGGCCGAGCAGAGAGAGCAAGAGCUGCUAGACCCGGAGAUUGAAACCAAUACAGAAUCAGCGAACCAGAUGCUGCAGCUUCUCCAAAUCGGAGCUGAUUGCACUGAGAGUAAACCUGAUCGAAGACCUGAUAUAAGGGAGGCCAUUAGGAGGAUACUCGAGGUACAAGCCUGAUGAGACGCAUUUGUGAUAAAAGAUGCUUAUAUACACAAAAAAAAGGGUAGAGGAGCACAGGAGCAAAAUGGAAUAAAGUGAAAAAUACUAAAUAAAGUGAGAGGCUUGCUUGCAAAGUAUAGGUGAGAAAAAGAAAAGGUUAGGAGAAUGUUGGGUGGAACAAGGGAAAGCAAAUGGAAUUUAGUGAAACUACUGAAUAAAUUGACUUUUCUAUUCAGGAAGAGAUUUUGGUUCUUAGUUCUUGAUCUAAUUCCUGAUGAGAGUGACACCCUUUUGUUUAUAUAGUUGAACAUAGGGAGCUUAAGUCCAUAAUAAUUUUCUUUUCUAGGGUUUACUAACAGACAUUCAUGUACAUACAUGUACCCUGACAUACAUACAUGUAUAACAUGACUUCUUUAAUUGAUGGCUUUUGAUUUUCUUUACAAGAUA